GACCGAGCAGUCGGUGACAGCCCCAAGGGCCCCGUGCCGGGCGCCCAUGGCCGAACCCGACCGACUCGGACUCAGACACUGAGGGAGGAGCAGCCGGUGGAGAGGAAGAGAUGGACUUCCUGCGGAAUCUCUUCUCCCAGACCCUGGGCCUGGGCUCCAAGAAGGAGCGUCUGCUGGAUGAGCUCACCCUGGAAGGGGUGGCUCGCUACAUGCAGAGCGAGCGCUGUCGCAAGGUCAUCUGUUUGGUGGGAGCAGGAAUCUCCACAUCUGCGGACAUCCCCGACUUCCGUUCUCCAACCACGGUGUAUGCCAACCUGGAGAAGUACCAUCUUCCUUACCCGGAGGCCAUCUUUGAAAUUGGCUACUUCAAGAAACAUCAACCCUUCUUUGCCCUCACCAAGGAGCUAUAUCCAGGGCAGUUCAAGCCGACCAUCUGCCACUACUUCAUCCGCCUGCUGAAGGAGAAGGGACAGCUCCUGCGCUGCUACACGCAGAACAUUGACACCCUGGAGCGAGCAGCCGGGUUGGAGCCCGAGGACCUGGUGGAGGCCCAUGGUACUUUCCAUACAUCACACUGCGUCAACGCCGUCUGCCGGCAGGAGUAUGGGCUGAGCUGGAUGAAAGAAAAGAUCUUCUCAGAAGAAAUCCCCAAAUGCGAGAAAUGUCAAAGUUUGGUCAAGCCUGACAUCAUAUUUUUUGGUGAGAACCUCCCAGCACGCUUCUUCUCCUGCAUGCAGUCGGACUUCAUGAAGGCUGAUCUUCUCAUCAUCAUGGGCACCUCCCUGCAGGUGCAGCCCUUCGCCUCGCUCAUUGGCAAGGCAUCGCUCUCCACCCCACGCCUGCUCAUCAACAAAGAAAAGACGGGCCAGACAGACCCCUUCCUAGGGAUGAUGAUGGGCCUGGGCGGAGGCAUGGAUUUUGACUCCAAGAAAGCCUACAGGGAUGUGGCCUGGCUGGGUGACUGUGACCAGGGCUGCCUGGCGCUCGCUGACCUCCUGGGAUGGAAGAAGGAUCUAGAAGACCUGGUCCGGAGGGAACAUGCCAGCAUAGAUGCCCAGUCGGGGUCAGGGACCUCCAACCCCAACCCUACUUCUCCCAGGAAGUCACCACUUCCUGCCAAGGACGGGGACAAGACCACAGAGAAGGAGGGGCCCCAGUGAUGGACACCAGCCCCCAAACCAGCACAGCCCCUCCAACCUGCAGCUUAGGUCUGCAGGACUCAGCACACACGCUUAGUCU